AUGGAUUAUAGGCGUUCUGGUUUGGGGGUGGUUAUCCGUGACUCCCACGGCUCUUUGGUUGCUGGCAGUUGUGUUAGUGGUUCUGCAUCUUCGGUUCUUGAGGCUGAGGCUAAAGCCGCGAUUCUUGCUAUGCAAACGGCAAUAUCUCGGAACUUGGACAAUGUUCUUUUCGAGUCCGAUUCUGCUUCUCUGGUCCAAUACAUCAAUGGGGAUAAGAAGAAGGUUUCUUGGUCUAUCUUUCAGUUACUACGCCGGAUUUGGAAUCUCCAUCACCGUUUCCAUUUUUUUAAAUGGUGUUGGGUUCCUCGCCAAGUGAAUUCGGCAGCCAAUUGGGUCGCCUCGCAUUGUAGAAGAGGGAUGUGUCCGGAGGUCUGGGUAUCCAGAACCCCAUCCGCUCUAGUUCAUAUCCUUUCCAUUGAUGGACUUCCUUGUCCCCAAUGA